AUGCCAACCAACCCAGGCAUAGAAUAUGAUACUCACGGCCGGCCUAUGCGUGUUCGCAGAACGAACAAGGAUAAGGAUAAGGACAAGGAUAAAGACAACAGGAGUCUUAUCUCAAGUACCAGCAGCAGGAAGCAUCGAGAUUCAUCAGCUUCAAGCAGCCGCACGCCUGUACCGCUAGACUCUGCGACGCAGCUAUCCGAAUACACGCCUCAAAAUGCGAACCUGGAUCAGUUGCCCGAUGUGAAAGACAACCGAAGUGUCAUCUCGAGCAGUAGUAGCAGGAAAUAUCGAGAUCCAUCAGCUUCAAGCAGUCGAACACCUGUGCCACCGGACUAUUCGACGCAGACAUCCGACCUCAGCCAACAAAGUGUAAGCUUGGAUCAGUUACCCGAGUUGCCGGAAUCGGGCCCAGACUCGCCAUCAUCAACGACUUCUCCAAUGAACAGAUCGAUCUCAAACAUAUCAACCUCUGCUACGUUAGUAUCGCCAACAAUGCAGCACCUCCUCCCUGCCUCAGUACAGCCUUAUUUAGCACCUUACUGUGAGUCUAUUGUUGACCUUUCAGACCCAGCAUCUUCUCAACCAACCCCACGAGCCGAAAGGUCGAAGGAGCCUGCCGACGCAAAGCCUGCCGACGUGAAGCCUGCCGACGUGAAGCCAGCCGACGCGAAGCCAGCCGACACGAAGCCAGCCGACACGAAGCCAGCCGACACGAAACCAGCCGAGGCGAAGCCAAGCCCUCCUAAAACUUCGAGUCUACUUUCAAGCUCAGACACAGCAACUUUAGUUCGCAAAUCGUCCUCCGAGUCUGUCAAAACUGUUUUAUCUGGAACGUCUUCGCAGCCAGCACCUUCGGGCCAAGAUCAGCAGCAGAAGAAAUCCGCCUCACUGAAGUCAGAAGACUCGAAACAAGUCUCUAGAGUCAAAGCCCCAGCUUCAGCACCAUUGCCAUACGGUGUCGGGCCAUCCGGAGAACAAUUGCAUUAUUCUCCACAGUUCGCGUAUCUUCCUACACAGCAAGCCAUCGGCCCGCCCCCUGUUCAGCAUGCACCUACUUCUCAAGCCCUCUCUCAAUAUUCCGAGUACGGACCGCCGAGCCGCCAUCAUCCGCCACACAUCAACCCGCCUGAAGCACCUCAGCCUCCUAUCUCGACAUACCAGGGUCAGUGGGACAGAGGUCCAAUCUCGAUUGGGGAAAGACCGGAUGAUAGCACAAUGGCAUUGUUCCACCGCAUUUCAUGCGCAAUACCUGACCUCCACGCUCUCAUGAGCCUGCAUCAUGAGGCUUGCGGCAUGCUAGAAGCCAGCCAGCUUCAUAUACGUGACCAGGAAGCGCGGAAAGCUGCUGAAGUACGACAGCUCGAAAUUCGCAUCGUGCAGACGGAAAAGGAUCUUCAUCUAAUGAGUAAGGAUCAUUCAACCGAAAUUACUCGGUUGAAGCUGGACACACGCAACCUAGAAAAGCGGUGCAAAGAGCUCCAACAUAGAUUGACUGCAGGAGGGAAGCAUAAUGAGGCAUUGCAAGCGGCGAACGAAACCUUACGCGCUGAGAAGAAGGAAGCAGGACGGAAAUAUCAGGAGUAUGAGGCAGCGCUGAAUGAGACUUUCAAACGCGAUAGAGACAGAAUGAUUGCAGAGCAGAGGACUAACCAAAGAGCCAUGCAAGACGAACUUGAAGCACAUACCCGCAUUGCUGACGCAAAUCUGUUAAAACGACUGGCUGAAGAGAGGAGAGCACAUGAAGAAGAGACACGAAACCUGGAAAGUAGAUGGACUCGACAGAGGCGUGAGCUUGAGGACAGACAGGCGAACCUUCGACGAGACUUGGAGGAAAGCCUCGAAGCAAAGCAAAAAGUCGUCGACGAAGAGCGCAGGACUUAUCUACAGGCCAGAGAGGGAUGGGAUAAACAGCGUGAGACCCUGACACGGAAAUGGGAAGAAGAGCGCUCGUUGCUCCAGAGAGCUUCGGACGAACAGCGGAAAGCUUUGACGAUUCAGUACCAGAGAGAGAAAGAAAUCAUCCUGAAGCAAAGCUCGCAGUCACGGAAUAGCAGCGAGGCAGAGGACUAUGUUCUAGGAUUGCAGAGGGAGAUUGAGCGUCUGAAGGCCGGUUGGGGUGCUGAUAGCUUCAAAUUCCAGAAGGCGACUGCGGACUUUAAGACCACGGCUAGGACGCUGAAUGAGCAGAAUAGUAAGCUGCAGAAAUUGACGGAGGCGUUUGGGCAUGAAGCCGGCUAA